GCCUGAAUCCUGUUCAACUCAAAUCCUUCUGACUGUGCGUCGCAAGUGUAGCUGGAGAAGGAAGUGGCAGAUGAGUGAGAUUAUCCACGACUACGCAAGAGCAACCUACCGGUGGUUACCGUACACAGGCGAUUCAGACGGAGCGAACAGGUUGGUGGCUAGUAGAAAAUGGGCAACGUUGACUCCAAACUCAACUUCAGAAAAGCUGUGAUACAACUGACAACCAAAACACAGCCCGUGGAGGCUACGGACCAUGCCUUCUGGGACCAGUUCUGGGCGGAUACUGCCACUACCGUCCAGGAUGUGUUUGCUCUGGUGCCGGCAGCGGAGAUACGAGCUGUCAGAGAAGAAUCUCCCUCCAAUCUGGCAACCCUCUGUUACAAGGCAGUGGAGAAGCUUGUCCAGGGGGCUGAAUCUGGUUGUCCCUCGGAGAAGGAGAGACAGAUCGUCCUCAACUGCAUCCGUCUGCUCACACGUAUCCUACCGUAUAUCUUUGAGGACGCAGACUGGAGAGGCUUCUUCUGGUCCACCGUGCCUGGUGCCGGGAGAGCUGGGCAGGAUGAAGGUGAUGAUGAUGAUGGAGCGAGGCCCCUGGCUGAGUCUCUCCUCCUGGCUGUAUCUGACCUGCUUUUCUGUCCAGACUUCACCGUCCAGAGCCACAAGAGGACAGGUUCGGACACAGUGGAGGACAUACAGUCCAUAGACAGCUGUGAGUACAUCUGGGAGGCAGGAGUGGGGUUCGCUCAGUCCCCCCCACUCAACUACACCCACGACCUCAACAGGACGGAGCUGCUGAAGCUGCUGUUGACCUGUUUCUCUGAGGCCAUGUACCUGCCCCCCUCUGCUGACAACAUCCUCAACCCCUGGGUUACCUUCUUCUGCGCUACAGACAACCGACAUGCCCUGCCUCUCUUCACGUCUCUCCUCAACGUGGUGUGUGCCUAUGACGCAGUGGGUUACGGUAUCCCUUACAAUCACCUGAUGUUCUCUGACUACCGAGAGGUGUUGGUGGAGCAUGCUGUCCAGGUCCUCAUAGUGACUCUGGAGCACGAGGCCGGGCCAGCCGCAGCACAGCACAGCCUGGACCAUUCCGCCUCCGCCAUGGAGGACCUAGAGCCGGUGGGACCAGACAACCUGUUUGUAAACUACCUGUCCAGGAUCCAUAGGGAGGAGGACUUCAGCUUCAUCCUGAAGGGGCUGGCCAGACUGAUGACCAACCCUCUGAUCCAGACCUACCUGCCCAACUCAGCCAAGAAGAUCCGGUUCCACCAGGAGCUACUGGUGCUCUUCUGGAAGCUCUGUGACUUCAACAAGAAGUUCCUGUUCUUUGUGUUGAAGAGCAGUGAUGUUCUGGAUGUCCUGGUGCCUAUCCUGUUUUACCUGAAUGAUGCACGGGCUGACCAGUCUCGUGUGGGCCUGGUACACAUCGGUGUGUUUAUCCUGCUGCUGCUGAGUGGAGAGAGGAACUUUGGUGUGCGUUUGAAUAAACCCUACUCUGUACGAGUCCCCAUGGACAUCCCUGUGUUCACUGGAACUCAUGCUGACCUGCUCAUAGUGAUCUUCCACAAGAUCAUCACUAGUGGACAUCAACGCCUGCAGCCCCUCUUUGACUGCCUGCUCACUAUCGUAGUGAACGUGUCUCCUUACCUGAAGAGUCUGUCCAUGGUGGCAGCUAACAAGCUGCUCCACCUCCUGGAAGCCUUCUCCACCAACUGGUUCCUCUUCUCUGCCUCCCAGAACCACCAUCUUGUCUUCUUCCUGCUGGAGGUCUUCAACAACCUCAUCCAGUAUCAGUUUGAUGGUAACUGUAACCUGGUGUACGCCAUCAUCCGUAAACGCAACAUCUUCCACCAGCUGGCCAAUCUGUCCUCUGACCCAGCCACCAUCCACAAGGCCCUGCAAAUGAAGAAGAGGAAGAAGACUACCACGGCCAUUAUCUCCCGGAUCAACUCCCAGGAGACCAUCUCCAUGGAGGGGUCCCGACCGGCCGUCCCAGCUGAGCCAGGGACACUCAAAGCCAGUCUCGUGGCCAUACCAGCUAUUGACAAGCUGACAGAGAAGGCUCAGGUCUCUGAGGAUGGCACCAUGGUCUGUCUCCAGCACAUGACCACUGACCAAAACGUCCACUCUCCCCAACACACUCACUCUCCGCAGUCCCUUGCCGCUGACACCAGUGGUAUAGCUGGAGCCAGCGAUACAGAGUCCAACUCGGGGAGAGAUAACGAGGAGGCCUUUCAACCAGAGUCAGAGCUGGCCAGAAGUCGUUUGUCCAGUGUAUCAUCAUCAGCUGUGUACUGGAACCCCACUCCAGACUGGGUCCUCUCCUGGAAGAGUAAGCUUCCUCUCCAGACGAUCAUGAGGCUGCUACAAGUUCUGGUUCCUCAGGUGGAGAAGAUCUGCAUCGACAAGGGUCUGACCGACGAGUCAGAGAUCCUGAAGUUUCUGCAGCAUGGGACCCUGGUGGGCCUGCUGCCUGUACCUCACCCCAUCUUAAUCAGGAAGUACCAGGCCAACGCGGGCACCGCCAUGUGGUUCCGCACAUACAUGUGGGGAGUAAUCUACCUACGUAACGUGGAUCCCCCGAUCUGGUAUGACACUGACGUCAGACUGUUUGAGAUUCAGAGGAUCUAAGUGGAGCUGGUGAACAGGUCUCUAUGACUGCGGCCCAAAUGGUACCCUAUCCUGUUCAUAGUGCACCACUUUUGACGAGCUCUAUGGGCCCCUGUAAAAAGUAGUGCACUACAUAGGGGGUAGAGCGCCAUUUGGGAAGCAGACAACGUCUCUCGGGAAUGGCUGGUUCGCCCUCGGGAACCACCAACCGCUCUCUCACCAACUGCCAUCUUCAAACCUGAACAGAAGUGUGGAAGAGGAGGAUGAAGAUUUUCACCAGACACACCUGUUCUAGAAAACAGGAAUUUACAGUUUUUUUUUUUUUUCUCUGUUUUGUUUCUUGCGAAGUGCCAACCCGUAGAACAUCAUGUAACAAACCACUGUCACGAAACCACUUUUCCUACAAGCUGUCUGCUACUACAACUGCCAGAAGGUCUGCCAUGUUAACCCUCUUCUAGUCAUGAUUUGGCAGCUUUCCAUGGGUAUAUUCCUUUAUUAAUUUGCUGUGUGUAUUUUUUUUUUGCCAAACAAACAUGUAUACACUACUGUAUGUACACUUCCCUUCAAAAGUUUGGGGUCACUUAGAAAUGUCCUUGUUUUUGAAAAAAAAAAAAACAUUUUUU